CUCUGAUGGAUAAUGCCACAAGCACUCCAGACGGGAGCACAAUUAAUUCUCUCAUGAGAAUGAACACAGUCGCUGUUGUGGUUUACUCUCUUGCCUGCAUCCUUGGCUGCAUCGGGAAUGGCCUUGUCAUUUUUAUCACCGGCUUUAGAAUGAAUAAGACGGCCAACACAGUCUGGUUCCUUAACCUGGCCAUUGCCGACUUUAUCUUCACCACCUUCUUGCCGUUAACAAUUUUCUACACUGCUAAUGGCUACAACUGGAUCUUUGGGAAGUUCAUGUGCCAGUUCAACUCUCUCAUACUCUGCCUCACAAUGUAUGGUAGUGUGUUUCUGCUGACAGCCAUCAGUAUCGACCGAUGCAUGGCGGUAUUGGCUGCCAUCUGGUCACGAACCUACCGCUCACCGCGCACAGCUAGCAUAGCAUGUCUCAUCGUCUGGUUGCUGGCUGUUGUCCUGGGUACGCCACAUGCAGUCUUUCGUGACCUUAAAGUAUAUCCAGAUCACGUCAUGUGUGGCAACAACUAUUCUAGUGAUACAAACCUUAGUAAAUACAGGGAAAAGACUCUGAUCAUCACUCGUUUUCUUUGUGGCUUCCUCAUCCCCCUUAUUAUUAUCAUACUUUGCUACAGUGCCAUCAUAUGGCGAUACAAAAAACUACAGCACAAGAGGAACUUCAAGCCAUUCAGGAUUAUUGUCGCCGUCAUUGUUGCUUUCUUUAUCUGUUGGGCUCCUUUCCAUAUCAUACAGCUGUUGACAAUAAAAGAAGCCAAACAAACGGAUACUCUUUACAAGGUCAUACGGAUAGGUAACCCCAUUGUGACCAGCAUUGCUUUCCUCAACAGCUGUCUGAACCCAGUGCUCUACGUCUGUAUGUGUCAGGACUUCCGUAACAAGUUUAAGAAGUCUAUCCUGCUGGUGCUGGAAAGCGCCUUCACCGAAGAGGGGCUUAUAUCUCAGUUGAACCACAGAAGGCCCAACUUCCAAAUGGAGACUUUAAUUUCUUCACAUACAAAAGCCAGCACUUUAUAAUCCAUAUGUUCAUAGAAGUAAAUGCACUUUUCAAAUAUUCACAAAUGUUUUUAUUAAUCAGUGCCUUAUUACUGUCUGUUACAUAACACACACAAAAAAAUGUCAGCAUGAAACAGCAGUCCUGUAAUCCUGAAUUCUUAUGCAUGCAAAGAUUCAAGUGUGCUAAAUAACCAAAUAAAUGGUCACAAACGGAAGCAUUUCCCAGGUAUCACAUCUACAGAGUGACAGUUUAGGAAGAAAAUAUGAACAGCUACAAGAAUCGACGUACUGUAGACAUUAUUAGUCAUCUAUUGUGCUAAGCAGCAAUAUCAAACUUUCAAUAAAGAACUGCAUUUGGAACAUGGACAACCUGGAUUUCUGAAGAUACUGUCCCAUUGUUAAGUUCAAGAGUAAUGAUUUGAGUGGCGUAGAAGUGUCAUUAGAAGUUAAUGCUGCCACCCAACAGUUUCCAGAGUCCUGGUCUUGGCUUCAAACUCAGGCACUAACCCAG